AUGGUCGCGAAGAAGGAUUUUAAUGCUCCCAAGCAUGAAGACUUGGAGGAUGUACCAAAUCUGCAGGUCAUCAAGGCCAUGCAGUCGUUGACCUCGCAAGGAUACGUCAAGACGCGCUUCUCCUGGCAAUACUACUACUAUACUCUUACCGACGAGGGUCUUGAAUACCUCCGAGGAUGGCUGAACCUCCCUGCUGAGAUUGUCCCAGCAACCCACAAAAAGGCCCCACGUCCUCAGCGUCCAGCGACAGUUCGUCCAGGAGGAGAGGGCGCAUACCGUGCACCAAGAGGCGACCGCGAUGAGUACAGGAGGCGAGACGAUGCUGCAGCGGACAAGGAAGGUGCUCCGCAAGACUACCGACCACGCUAUGCCGGUGUUGGACGAGGUGCCCCUGCGUCGUAG